AGGGAAUGCUCAUUGCUGCUUUAAUACCUACUCUCCCUCCCUCCCUCUUUAUUCCCUUUGUUUUUCUCCAGAAAAGAAAAUGGAACAGGAAUUGGAUCUUCAGAAUCCGUUUUACAACGACGACGUUUCGUCCCUCUUUGCCAACGAGUCCGACCACAUGUCCCUUCUUCUCUCCUUUGACCCCUUAGAUUCGCGCUUCUCUAUUCGCCGGACUGCUCUCUCCCUCAUAUUUCAAGCGAAGUUCUCUUACGGCUUAGAUCCGUUUCUGGUCUACCUCUCUGUCAAUUACGUCGAUCGAUUUCUCUCCAACCAGGAACUUUUGGAUAAAAGCCCAUGGAUUCCGCACAUUUUGUUUGUUGCUAGUGUCUCACUUGCCGCCAAGAUGCGAAAUUCUGAUUCGUCGAUUCUGCUCGCUGUUUUACAGAAAGGAGGCGGUUAUGAGUUUGAGGCAGAGUCAGUUCAUCGAAUGGAGAAGAUUAUACUGGCGGCGCUGCAAUGGCGAAUGCGAUCCAUCACUCCUUUCUCGUUUCUUCAACAUUUCAUCUCUCUCCUCAACACACAAGAACAAGACUCUUCUCUCACUCAAUCUCUCACCACCCGAGCUUCAGAUAUUAUUUACAACGUCCAACACGAAUUGAAGCUUUUAGAGUACAAACCAUCGAUGAUUGCAGCUUCAGCGCUUCUCUGUGCCAUUCAGGAUUUGAAUCCGCCCACAUUUUCAUCUUCCGAAAUCACACUCUCUACCUGUGAACACGUCAGCAAAGAGGUAGGAUUGAUGGAAUGCGUUGGUAUAAUGAGAGAGGCAAGUUCGAGUGGUACAUCGACUCCAACUAGUGUGCUGGAGGAAGCCGCCGUGUCGGAAAAGAAGAGCGUAAAGCGGCGCAGACUCAACGGUUUAUGCGACAAUAGAACAUUCCAGAUAUCUCAGAUACAGCACUGUUUAUAAACUUCAAUUUCCUAAACAACCAUGGAAAAAUGAGUAUCUUUAACUGCGCCAUUAUAAACUUCAAAAUCCGCUCAAUAUUUUCUUAAAAAAAUAUGUUUUUAGUGGUGUUGUUUUCAACUUCCUAUCCCCUGAUGGGUGAGAAAGAUGUAAACUUAUUUUUCUUGUACAGUAAUGAGAUGAUAAAAUUUUUGACUAAAUUAAUUAUCCAACAAAAAUGUUACUAGUA